AUUAACUAAACUCCAGAUAUUGGAACUUAGAGAAAACCAGUUAAAAAUAUUGCCGAAAACCAUGUCCAGACUGACUCAGCUGGAGAGACUAGACUUAGGAAGUAAUGAAUUCACAGAAGUGCCUGAAGUACUUGAACAACUGAGUGAGUUAAAGGAAUUUUGGAUGGAUGGUAAUAGACUAACGCUUAUUCCAGGGUUCAUAGGAACUUUGAAACAACUGACCUACUUGGAUGUUUCUAAAAACAACAUUGAAGUAGUUGAAGAAGGUAUUUCAGGUUGUGAAAGCCUACAAGACCUACUCUUAUCCAGUAAUUCACUUCAGCAACUGCCGGAGUCUAUUGGUUCCCUGAAGAAGGUAACAACACUUAAAAUUGAUGAAAACCAAUUAAUUUAUUUGCCAGACUCCAUAGGAGGGUUACUAUCAGUAGAAGAACUGGACUGUAGUUUCAAUGAGAUUGAAACGUUGCCUUCGUCUGUUGGGCAACUCUCUAACAUAAGGACAUUUGCUGCAGAUCAUAACUUUUUAACACAGCUGCCAUCAGAGAUUGGAAACUGGAAGCAUUUAACAGUGUUGUUUCUGCAUUCUAAUAAGCUUGAAUUUCUCCCUGAAGAAAUGGGUGAUAUGCAGAAAUUAAAAGUCAUCAAUCUGAGUGACAAUAGGUUUGUGAAUAUAUUAAUUCAAUUAGAAGAUGUCUAAAGCAUUGUAUAUAUUGUAUUGUAACUGAUGUCUUCUAAACCACUUAUCCCUCUUCAAAAAGAAGCUGACCCUGACACACAGAAAACAGUGCUUACUAAUUACAUGUUCCCCCAGCAACCAAGGACUGAGGAUGUUAUGUUCAUAUCUGAUAAUGAAAGCUUCAAUCCAUCUUUGUGGGAGGAACAGAGGAAACAGCGUGCUCAGGUGGCAUUUGAGUGUGAUGAAGACAAAGAUGAGAGAGAGGCACCGCCUCGGGAAGGCAACCUGAAGAGAUAUCCAACUCCGUAUCCUGAUGAACUGAAGAAUAUGGUUAAAACAGUCCAGACAAUUGUACAUAGGCUAAAGGAUGAAGAAUCUACUGAAGAUAUUGCAAAGGAGUCAAAACAAGAAGGCCAGACAGUUUCUGUAAAAGAUGUGGGGGUAAAGCCUACUGAACCAGAAGCUGAGCACAGCACUGCAAAUUCACAGAUGACUGCACUUGUUAAAACCUUGCAGAACACAAAAACAAUUGUCAACCAUGAAGACGUGCUCGAG